AUGAAACAGUUUAAUGUCUCUUAUAUUGAGGUGCUUCAGGAUGGUAAAACUAUAUCUAGUUGUUAUUAUCAACAUACGGGAGAUAUAUCCUAUGGGUCUAUUUCUAACGAAGACUCUAGUGUAGCCAAUGUAGUUGGUACUCCUGAUAUGUUUCACAAGCUUAUUGGUGACUUGGUAUUACCAAAUAUUGUUCAUGUUGAUGGAAAUAAAGUGACGAAAAUGUCAAUUCAACUUAUAGAUGGAUACGACUGUUAUUAUACUACAAGUGCACGGAAUGACGAUAAUUAUAAAGUAUUUGUAUGUUUUACAAGGAUUGAUGUACCCAAAAUCCUACCUAUACGAUUAUUGAGUGAUUUAAAACAAUUAACUGAGGGUGAAAAUAGACUAGAGUUUGAUACUGAUGAAGAAUUAAGUUUGAAGUGCGGUGAAAUUAUAGAUGCAUUUCGUCAUGAUUUGAUCACAUUUAGAAAUAACAAUAUGGACCCAUCUGUAUCACAGUCUACAGAUCAAGACCUUGAUGAUAUAAUUCAAAUAAUGAACGAUAAUAUUGAUAAGUUUUUACAAAGACAGGAGAGAAUUUCAUUGCUGGUCGAUAAAACUUCUCAAUUAAACGAUAAUAGCAAUACAUUCAAAAGGAAGACUGUGAAACUAAAAAAUAAAAUGUGGUGGCAUAGAAUGAAAAAUAUUACUUUGGUGGGAUUCAGCAUAAUUUUAUGCAUCGCAAUCGUUUUUAUAUUUUUUUUCGACCUUAACUGA